AUGUCCAAUGGAUACGUGGAACCACGCCGUAAUGCCACGGACCAGGUGACAAAAAAUUCAGAUAUGCGCAUAACUAGCAUGCUUGCUCUCGCGGGAAUGGCAGCGCUGCGUCGCGACGACAGCCGCGUCAUUAUCCACUUCGAUUAUGACUGUUUCUACGCAAGCGUAUUAGAAGCAGAAAACCCUGCCUUGAAGUCUCUGCCAUUGGCUGUACAGCAGAAACAGAUCGUGGUUACUUGCAACUAUGAGGCACGAAGAAGGGGCCUGAGGAAGCUACAACUUAUCAGGGAGGCCAGGCAGAUAUGCCCUGAUGUUGUCAUCGUUCUUGGGGAGGAUCUAACCAAGUUCCGUAAUGCCUCCAAAAUCCUGUACGAUUUCUUGAAAGGCUUUCUGUGGACGCAAAGGGCUGAGAGACUGGGCUUUGAUGAGGUAUUCCUAGAUGCUACUGACAUGAUCGACUAUAACAUGGCACUUCUAAAUCCCUAUGAUUUGGCCCAUUCGUUCUUUUUCUUGGACAAGCAAGAUCCAACAAAUGGUUUCCAAUUCGAUGCCACCAAAUUUUGCGGACCAACCUAUCCCGAAUCAGCGGGAAUUCCAUUGUCCGACAAUACAAGGAUUGAAGAAUCUCAGCGCACUUUGACAUUACGCCUUAUAUUAGGGUCUCAUCUGGCACAUUAUAUCAGGUCUCGUCUCGAUAACGAGUGUGGAUACACCGCAACCGUCGGCAUUUCCACUUCAAAGCUGUUAGCCAAGCUUGUUGGCAAUACACAUAAGCCCAACAAUCAGACGGCCCUCAUUCCACCAUACGGUCUCAGUGCUAUCUCCAGAGAGGAGGGUAAUAUCCAUCGAUUUAUCGAUGACCAUGAAGUUGGCAAGAUUCCAGGCAUCGGAUUCAAGUCUGCACACAAACUUAGAACGUACAUAUUACAUCGCGAGGCUAAAUUCAAGCCCUACACGGAACGGGACGAUAAAGAUCAAGUCAAAGUGCGGAAUGUUCGUCUUUCUUCAACAAUGGGACCUUCUAAAUUGCUCGAUAUACUAGGAGGUCCUGGUACUCCUAGAGACAUCGGCUUCCGUACAUGGGAGUUGUUGAAUGGCGUGGAUAACAGCGAAGUUCGGGAAGCACGAGCUGUCCCCAAGCAAAUAAGUAUUGAAGAUUCAUAUAUGGGAGUCGAGAAUUUUUGGGAUGUCAAAAAACAACUUCACCUUCUUUCCACCAGUUUAAUCCAGAGGAUGAGGACGGAUCUCAUAGAUGGAAAUCAGGGCACCGACGGAGAAGAUCUACGUUGGAUGGCUCAUCCUCGCACUCUCCGUCUAUCCACUCGACGCAGAUCUUCCAAGAAUGCAGAUGGCUCGCGAGACUAUUGUUUCACUAAUGGGAGAACGUCACGUUCAGCCCCUCUACCGAAUUUUAUUUUCAACCUUGCUGAAAGUGCCGAGGUCGUGGCGGAGAAAUUGGUAAAUGAUUGCCUUGUCUCCAUGUUUCGUAAGCUGUACCCGGAUAAAUCAUUCGGGGAGCUGAGCUUGAUAAAUGUCGCAGUCACCAAUAUGGUGGAGAGUGCCGGUGUGGAAAAACAGAGCAGUGGUAGAGAUAUCGGUAAAAUGCUCAAGCAACAGAGGUCAGAUGCUGCUAGCAAGAGUGAGAAAGGCACCGAAAACUUUCAUCAGGACUUUUUAGCGCAAGAUGAAUCUUUUCUGAAUAAUCACUCCGGUGCCCGAGUCGAUGAAACGACGUGGGAAGAAAGUGACGAAGAAGAGGUCCUCUCCACUCAGGUAUGCGACGUGUGCGGUAGCCACAUUCCUCUUUUUGCCUUCUCCGCGCAUGCCUUGUACCAUAGAGUACCUGACUAG